UGAAAAAGGACGGUGUGCACUAGACACGCCACCCGGGAAGCCGCGGGCUCCCAGGCGGGGCACAGGGUCCACGGGAAGAACAGAGCCCCGCCCCCGGAGCUCGCCCCGCCCCCUCCGCUCAACUCCGCUCGCCCGGCCCACUCGCCCCGCCCCGCCCCCAGGCCCGAUUUGGGAGGUGGGAUCCCCGCCCCGGCCCCGCGGGCGGUCCACCGGCGGGUUACCUGUGUCUCCGAUGAUGAUGUACUUGAAGAGAUAAGCAUAAGUCAUGGUCCCGAGGCGUCUGUGUUCCGGGUCCGCUUGAUUUCUACAGCCACGUACCUCCGACCUCUCUAGCCACCCAAACUACCGAUCUCCUUAUUUGCCUCCGCUCCAGCCCUUCUAGCUCAGGCCGCGUCUCUAUUGCUCUCCCCAGAAAUUCUCGCUGGAUCCUGAGUACCCGACGCUGCCUCUAGGGCCGCCCCGCGCUCUUCUACAUGCCAUCAUCCCACCAAGCUCCAGGGGGCGACAGCGAGCCUUCGGGCAGCUCGGAUCGCGACUCGUUCGGCCAGGACUCCGUCCAAUCAGCGGAGAGCGACGCUCCUCCUUGAGGAAGUGACGCGUUCGGAACCCAGUGGGGCCGGUGGGAGCGAUGCGGAUGCUGUGGGGCUGGUAGGGGUGCCGUGAAGAUGGAGGUAGGCGCUGGGUCUGGAGGGUUGGCGAGCAGCGCGGCCGACUCGGUGGAAGCCGAAGCUGGAAGCCGGGCCAGGGAGGAGCGAGGGGGGCUCGGGAGUGCUGGGGGUCGCCGGGGUUUCAGCGCACCCCUGCUCCCCUCACUUAUCCCCGUGGCUUUUUUUGGUUUACAGUUUCCUGGAGGAAACGACAAUUACCUGACCAUCACUGGGCCCUCGCAUCCCUUCCUGUCCGGGGCCGAGACAUUCCAUACACCAAGCUUGGGUGAUGAGGAAUUUGAAAUCCCACCUAUCUCCUUGGAUUCCGAUCCCUCCUUGGCUGUCUCAGAUGUGGUCGGCCACUUUGAUGACCUGGCAGACCCCUCUUCUUCACAGGAUGGCAGCUUUGCAGCUCAAUAUGGAGUUCAGACAUUGGACAUGCCUGUGGGCAUGACCCACGGCUUGAUGGAGCAGGGCGGGGGGCUCCUGAGUGGGGGCUUGACUAUGGACCUGGACCAUUCUAUAGGAACUCAGUAUAGUGCCAAUCCACCUGUUACAAUUGAUGUACCAAUGACAGACAUGACAUCUGGCUUAAUGGGACAUAGCCAGUUGACCACUAUUGAUCAGUCAGAACUGAGUUCUCAACUUGGUUUGAGCUUAGGAGGUAGCACCAUCUUGCCACCUGCCCAGUCACCUGAGGAUCGUCUUUCAACUACUCCUUCACCUACCAAUUCACUUCAUGAGGAUGGUGUUGAUGAUUUCCGGAGGCAACUUCCCAGCCAGAAGACAGUGGUGGUAGAAACAGGGAAAAAGCAAAAGGCUCCCAAGAAGAGAAAAAAGAAAGACCCUAAUGAACCUCAGAAGCCAGUCUCUGCAUAUGCAUUAUUCUUUCGUGAUACUCAGGCUGCCAUCAAGGGACAGAACCCCAAUGCUACCUUUGGUGAGGUUUCGAAGAUAGUGGCUUCCAUGUGGGACAGUCUUGGAGAAGAGCAAAAACAGGUGUAUAAGCGGAAAACUGAAGCUGCUAAGAAAGAGUAUCUCAAGGCGCUAGCUGCUUAUAAAGACAACCAGGAGUGUCAGGCUACUGUGGAAACAGUGGAAUUAGAUCCUGUCCCACAGUCGCAGACUCCUUCACCACCUCCUGUGACUACUGCUGACCCCGCAUCUCCAGCACCAGCCUCAACGGAGUCGCCUGCUUUGUCCCCUUGCAUUGUAGUUAAUUCCACGCUCUCAUCUUAUGUGACAAACCAGGCAGCCUCAGGGGCUGGAGGUCAGCCCAAUAUUACCAAGUUGAUUAUUACCAAACAGAUGUUGCCCUCUUCUAUUACCAUGUCUCAAGGAGGAAUGGUUACUGUUAUCCCAGCCACAGUGGUUACCUCCCGUGGGCUCCAAUUAGGCCAAACAAGUACAGCUACUAUUCAGCCCAGCCAGCAGGCCCAGAUUGUCACUCGGUCAGUAUUGCAGGCAGCAGCAGCUGCUGCUGCUUCUAUGCAACUGCCUCCACCCCGACUACAGCCUCCUCCAUUGCAACAGAUGCCUCAGCCCCCAACUCAACAGCAAGUCACCAUUCUGCAGCAGCCUCCUCCUCUUCAGGCCAUGCAACAGCCUCCACCUCAGAAAGUCAGAAUCAAUUUACAACAGCAGCCACCACCGCUGCAGAGCAAGGUUGUGCCUCCACCCACUCUGAAAAUGCAGACUGCCCUGAUCCCUCCAGCUGUGGAAAGCAGCCCUGAGCAGCCUCUGAACUGCAGCCCUGAGGCCCACCCAGCAGAGGCAACCUCUCCUGAGACAAUCUGUGAAAUGAUCACGGAUGUAGUUCCUGAGGUGGAGUCUCCUUCUCAGAUGGAUGUUGAACUGGUGAGCGGAUCUCCUGUAACCCUGUCACCGCAGCCUCGAUGUGUGAGGUCUGGUUGUGAGAACCCUCCUGUUAUCAGUAAGGAUUGGGACAACGAGUACUGCAGCAAUGAGUGUGUGGUGAAGCACUGCAGGGAUGUAUUCUUGGCCUGGGUGGCCUCUAGAAAUCCAAAUUCUGUGGUGUUUGUGAAGUAGCCUUUCUUCUUCAAGCCUUGAAGAUUUAUCUGCCGGACACAAGUCCAGGAGCCUGUUUUUGAAAGACAAGCUGGGCUUCUUCUGGUAGUGCCUGACCUUUACACCCAGCCCUUCAUGCCCCCACCUUUUCUUUCUUUAGCAGGCCAGUGAAUUUACUGUCAUUUGGAAUUGCUUUUCACUCUAACUACAAGCAAAAUUACCAGGUUAAUAGCACAGGGAAGGGUGAAGGGAAUAUGGAAGCAAAUCAUAGGGGUUAUUUGAAGAAAUGUGUCAAAAAUUGUCAGAGGCCUUGCCUAAAAUGUUCUUGGGAAAGUGCUUAGCUCUGCUCCUAGGAGGAGACAGCACUGAGAUAGAAGGCCGGGGGCUACAGCUCAGUGGUAAAGUGCAUUGGGUUUAAAUCCCAAUUAAAGAGGAAUGAAGUACUGACUUAAAAUACCCUUUAAGAAGGGAACUACUAUUAUUCAUCUACACAGUGCUUUAAGAACGAAGGUUUGUGUGGCUAGGGUUAUGGCCUAGCACUAACAAAGCUCUGAGUUCAGUCCCCAGGCAGAAAGGUCAGGAGUUCAAGGUCAUAAUUGGCCACCAGUGAGUUUGAGGCCAAGCUAGGCUACAUGAGGCAAAGGUAGAACAAAGGUUUUGCAGAGCAUGGUGGCCCAUGACUUUAAUCCCAGUAUUUUGGAGGUGGACAUAGAGUUUUCUACGAGUUAAAAGCCAAUCUGAACUUACAUAGACCUUGUUCAAAAAACAAAGGCUGGGUAUGGUGGCACUCUCCUUUAAUCCCAGCUCUUGGUAGGUAGAGGCAGGUUGGAUCUCUGAGUUUGAAGCUAGCCAGGGUUACAUAGUGAGAUCCUGUCUUAAGGUCCCCUCCCCAUUCCUGACACACACACCUCUCUCUCAGCACAUUGGGCUGGAGGGGAAAUGACAUCAUUCAGGACUAUCAUUUUUUCCCUACAAGUAUUUCUGCAGUCAAAACUUUCUUUACCUAACUUGAUUACCAGUUUUGCAUGUAAGAGGCAGAACUCUAUACCCUUAAUGAGAGGUUUUACAAAGUAAAGAAGUUGUGUUUGAUGAAA